CUGCCCGCGGCCCCUCCCCGCCGCCGCCGAGCCCCCUGCCCGGUCCCGUAGCGAUGCUCCGGGGGAGGCUCCGCGCCGCCGGCAGGCCAGAUCACCUCUCCCCUCACACGCCCCGGUCUGGACACCACCAGCAAGGGACAAAUGGCCUCAAAACGGCCCUCGGAGUCCAGGGACCCAGUGAUUUCCAACAAGCUCCCUCGGCUGGAGAUGGGGGGGCCUGACGCUGCUUUUCCCCCCGUCCGUGGCAAAUCCAGCCCUUUGCCCAACCCCAGCUCUGAAAACCAUUUCAACUACAAGGGCUCCUACCUCGCCUGCCCCCUGCCCAUCCCCGAGGGCCCCGAGCAGCCCCUGCUGCGCUGGAGCCCAGCAUCCUCCUACCCUCACUCUGGCAGUGUUGCCAGCAGCCAGCCUGUGCCCACCCAGGGGCUGCUGGGGGGGACCUGCCUGCUGUACCCCCCUCCCAGCCUGGCCCCCGGAAAGGCCCAGGACAGCCCGAUGCAGGAGCUGCUGAUGGCCAGAGAGAAAUGGUCCAACCCAGGCCACCCUUUCCCAGUGAAGAAGCCGGUGGCGGUGAACAAGACGUCCACCUUGGCCAUCCCCACGCCAGUGUACAGAGCCCCCCUGUGUUUUGUGGACCCUCGGGUGGUUUUGCCACCGGGACCCCGUCUGGAGAGCCUGCAGCAGAGAACAGGGGAUAUGGAGUGGGCUCUGCCUGCCGCUGCCCCCUCCAGCCACUCCCUGCACCCCGGCGAGCCGCGCGGUGCCACUGGGAUGCACAAGAGGGGUCCCCAUGCUGAGCCCGGGCUUCUGACCCUGCACCCCAGGCUGACGCUGCCCAUAACAGAGAAGGGGGGCUCCCCCGUUCCCUUCUCCCCCUACUACUCCACUUUUGAGAAAUACCAGGAUGCCCCCGGCACGCCUUUCCUGGAAGCCAGCUGCCCAACUGCCCCCAGACAGAAGAAAGUGCCCGAGGUCCCCAGGCUCAGCCCGGAGCCCUGGCCCAAGCUCCAGACACCUCCCACCAGCCCGGUGUUCCAGGACCGGUCCCCUGCUUGCUUCCCACAAGCCCCCCGCCCGCUGCCCCUCCUCUUCCCCGCCGUUGCUCCCCCCGUGGAGGCACAUCCUGGCACUUACAACAGCUUCGGCUUUGCGGGAAGCGGGGAGCCCUUUCCUGGCACUUACCUUAAGCCCCAAGGUCCACAGAGCUUCUUUCCCAACCCCUUGGACCCCUACGUGCCACGGGCGGCCAGCACGGCGGCCUCGCCACUGACCAAGGCUGGGGCGUUGCUGGGGAAUGGCGAGCACCCCCGGCCAGCUGGCUACCUGCCCAGCCCCGGGUUUGCCUUCAGCCCUGGGGACAGAGCAGUGUCUGGGACCUCCUUGGCCGGCACGGAGCUGGACUGUGAUCAGCAGCAGGCAGAGAGUCCCCGGCAGCGAGCGGCGGCGAAACACCCCAGUGCUUUCCAACCUCUCUGCACCUCGGAGAAGGUGUCCAGAGGCUCCAGCAGGCUGGCACCCAAAGGAGAAGGGGGCUGGGUGAAAGGCAGGCAUGGGGAGCAGGAGCCCCCAUACCUGGUGAUGAGGAGGGACAGCCCAGCCCCCCAGGACACCCAUCCCCCAGCUGCCAUCGUCCUAAAGAAGGGAGAUGCCUGCAAGGUUAAGGGUGCAGUCCCCGCUUCUCCAGCCACCUCUCCUCCAGGAGGGUUGAAAGCCCCAGGGGAUGGGGAGGUGUCUCCCUCCUCCCCACCCAUGCCAGUGAUCAACAACGUCUUCAGCCUGGCACCUUACCAAGACUAUCUGGAGGGCACCGAGGGCUCGGGCCAGGUCCCCUUCCCCAAGGACCAUCUCUGGGAGGAUACCCCGCUGAGACACACGAGGGGCAGCCAAGACCCCGCUGCCCUUGGGGACAACUCGGCCACGUCCAGCCAGCUUCCCAUGGACAUGGCAUCCAUCCAGGCACUGAAGAGGGGCAGUGACACGGUCCAGAGCCAAGAGAAAAAGUGUCAUGGAAAGGUCCCUGAAAAGCCAACGCUUGGGCCCCAGGAUGUGGGGUCUUGCGAGGGCAGUCCUGGGGGGGUGGGGAGUGAGGACACGGCCCCUGAAGCUGUUGUGUUGGACCUCAGCUUGAAGAAGAAUCUGAUGAAAGGCAAGGAGAGGCAGGGACCCAUCAGCCUUGUGGAGAGGACACUGGCCCAGGAGGAUGGGGGGGAGGAGAAAGAGGGCCUGGAGGGGAAGGUGAGGGUGGGAGAGGGGGCCAAACCCCAGACACCACCAUUGCUGCUCGAGGUCAAGAGCAACUUCCAGAGCUCAGCCACCUUCAUGUUCAAAAAAUUCAAGAUCUGGCGGUCCCUCCCAGCCAACAGCCUGCCCCCCCCCCAGGCCAGUGCCCCCCAGCACAGCCCCUCGGCUCUGCCAGGAGCUGCCCCAGCCUCUCAGCAGUCCCAGCUGCCUGAAGCCCCCCGUGAGCCGGGGGAGGAGAGGGCUUCAAUGCUCCGGCCAGUUGAGAUCCCUGCCCCGCAGUGCUCUGCCGGGCAGUAUUUCACCACCCUGCACACCUUGCUCUGCCACCUCCUCUCCUGCUCUGUGUCCAGAUCCUCCCCGCAGCUCCUGCAGGAGUGGUUGAAGAAGGCAGAGCCAGUGGAGGAGCUCAGAGAGGUGCCCAGAUACCCCCCCAAACCCAAGAACAGCUCCAGGAUCCCUGAAGCCCACAAGCCCACCAAAGGCAAGGAGGUCUGGCUGGCUUUCCAAGAUGUGGCCUCUCUCCUCGCCAACCUUCUGUCUCAGCUGAAGACCUUCACGUUUGCUCGGAAGUGUCCUUUCCCCCACGUCGUCCGGGCAGGGACUGUCUUCAUCCCCAUCCACGUGGUGAAGGAGAAGCUUUUCCCCAAGCUCCCCGGGGCCUCCGUGGACCAAGUGCUGCAGGAGCACAAGGUGGAGCUGCGUCCCACCACACUUUCCGAGGAGAGGCACUUGAGGGACCUGAAGCUGAAGAGCUGCACCUCACGCAUGCUGAAGCUCCUGGCACUCAAGCGGCUCCCUGACAUCUACCCAGACCUGCUGAACCUCCACUGGCACAACUCCAUCAGGCAGCAGCUGGGUAGGUAGCCCAGCAUCUACCAGGGAGGCUUGGUGGCCACAAUGAGUUCCUGAGACUCUUCCAGGGAAGCUCUAGCUCCAUGUGCCUCCUGGAUGCUGCUCUUUGGUGGGAGCAUCCAUCAUCACCCGUGUGGUCCCUCAGCAGUCUUGUCCUACCAAAGCUUCUGCAGAGCAGGACAUUCAGCUUUUCUCUGUGGGUUCUGGAGGGAGAAAUCUUGAGCUGGGGCUGGUCCCUGCCUACCCGAAUGAGAAAAGUCACCGUGGAGGUGCUGAGGAGGUGGCAAUCACCUCCAGUCUACCUCUGCUCCUCCAAGGGUGCCUGGAGAAGAUACUGGGAGCAGGGUUGCACGCUGGACCUGCCACCCGUGACUGUCCCGUGCCACUGGUGACAGUCCCACCACCAUCCCCAUCCCGAUGGCCCUUUGGUGCUGCUCCAAGCCCUUGCCAACAGCUUUAUUUCUUGCAGGUCCAAGUGUGCAGGCUGGCCAGCCCCCCUCCAAGUGGGUGAUGCUUGGUGUGCACCUUUCCUUGUCUGUAGAGGAUUUCUGUGUGGUUAUCUGGAGGUGUUUGUAGAGAUUUCUGUGUACUUGCUCUGGGGUGCUGGGGCCACCCGAGUGGCCAGGGUUGGAGGGGGAAUCGUGGCUGGGCUGGGGGUUAUUUGGGAUGGGGAGAUGAAGAUCACACCAACCCUAAUGGCUCUGUCCUCUCCCAGCUAGCCCUGGCAUGGGGGCACCCAAAGCUGCUGGCAAAGCACAGGGAGCACGAAGGAAAAAGAGGAUGUGAGGAGUGUGUGAAGGUGCCUCUUGCCCCAGAGCAGGGUCCCUGCCCUCUGAUGCUGAGAUGAAGCAGGCAUCAGCCCACAGAGCUGUGGGGAGAUGCUGGGUUCCCAGCAGGACAGGUCCUCCUGGGAUGCUGGUGCCCAGAGGCCACCCACACCACAGGGACCCUCUGAGGGUGACACUUGGUGGCCACACACCCCAGAGAUGCCCCAAACCCAUGAGCAGGGAUGGUUUGCAGGGUCCACUGGUCCCUGGCAGCACAAUGGGGGUGAGCUCCAGCCCGGUUUGGGGCUUUGUUUCCUUUAAUGCAUCAUCUCUCAGUGUGCCUCCCACCUCCAUCCAUGGCUGGGCAGAGCUGGGGGGCAGUGGUUGGAGUCCCAGUUGGUCUGGAGGACUGGAGCAGCACUGGGAGAUACAAAGGGAACAGGGAAAUGACCACACCACCAUCUCCAGCCUUGGGUAAAGGUUGGCUACUGCAGAGAUGAUCUCCCACCUCUCCUCCCCUCUCCUCUCACUCAUCUCUCCUGCUUUAUACACCCAAGAAACAUUCUGUCCUCCUGCUUUUUAGUCUUUUAAACCUGAUGCGAAGGGGCAAGGGAAUCAUGACUUCUGCAGGUUUUUUUU